AGGUGCCGAGCCUUGGCCGGCGCGCCCCUGAGAGCCCGGGAACCCCGGGUCUGCAGGAGCGUGCGGGUGGCGGGUAUGUGCGGCCGGGGCGCACUGCGCGCGGGACCUGCAAGGGGCAGCGUGGGCGCGCGGGCUUUGUGCCCGCGUGUGUCGGAGCGUGUCCGGCCGUGUGGACGAGUGUGUAUACGCGCGUGCGUGUGGGUGCUACCUUCCCUGUCCCGGGAGCUGACAGCUGUCCCGGGGGCUGCUGCACAAGUCGGGCCCUUCCUGCCCCUCCUCCUGGGAACCCAGCGCCCUUCCUCCUCCCCGCACCGUGCCGCGCCUGGCCUCGCCCAGAACCCGCUCCUGGGUUCCUCGAAAGCCUGUCGGGGCACUGGAGGGUCCCUGGAGGCUCUCUGUCAGGCCUAUCAGGAGGAGAGGGGGCGCCGAGAGGGUGCUGCAAGCUGGCUGAGCCCCGGGUGAGCCGGCCAGCCCUAUUUGUCCACUCCUCCACUCCUUUCCCUCCGCGAGCGCCUCCUCCUCAGAAAGCCUUUCCAAACAGCCCCGGCCCAAUACUUUGCCCCACUCGCCCUUCCUCUCCUGAGCCACUCUCCCGCCUUUCCCUUUCCGGUGUCCUCUCCUCACACCCCGGAGCCCCUGAGGGUCGGGCAGUGGAGGUAAGAGGUUCAGGGUGUCUCUGCACCAAGUGGCCAGCCGGAGGGAUGUGAGGGGGACCUCUCUAUGGACAUGACCGCUGCUCCCCUGGAGCCUCCUGCCCUACCUCCGCCUCCAUCGGCGGCGGGCGGCGGAACUGGCCCAGCCCCUGGGCGCGCCAUGCGCAGCACCACCCUCCUGGCGCUGCUGGCCUUGGUCCUGCUCUACUUGGUAUCGGGUGCCCUGGUGUUCCAGGCCCUGGAGCAGCCCUAUGAGCAGCAGGCUCAGAAGGACUUGGGGGAGACCCGUGAGAAGUUCCUGAGGGCCCAUCCAUGUGUGAGCCAGCACGAGCUGAGUCUCUUCAUCAAGGAGGUGGCGGAUGCCCUGGGAGGGGGCGCGGACCCAGAAACCAACUCGACUAAUAUCAGCAACCACUCAGCCUGGAACCUGGGCAGUGCCUUCUUUUUCUCAGGAACCAUCAUCACCACCAUCGGCUAUGGUAACGCAGCCCUGCGCACAGAUGCCGGCCGCCUCUUCUGCAUUUUUUAUGCACUGGUGGGGAUCCCACUGUUCGGGAUCCUGCUUGCAGGAGUCGGGGAUCGCCUGGGCUCCUCGCUGCGCCGUGGAAUUGGUCACAUCGAAGCAAUCUUUCUGAAGUGGCAUGUGCCACCCGAGCUGGUGCGCGUGCUGUCGGCGAUGCUCUUCCUGCUGAUUGGCUGCCUGCUCUUUGUCCUCACGCCCACAUUUGUGUUCUGCUAUAUGGAGGACUGGAGCAAGCUGGAGGCCAUCUACUUUGUCAUAGUGACGCUCACCACUGUGGGCUUCGGGGAUUAUGUGGCUGGCGCUGACCCCAAGCAGGACUCUCCAGCCUACCAGCCUCUGGUGUGGUUCUGGAUCCUGCUGGGCCUGGCCUACUUCGCCUCGGUGCUCACCACCAUCGGGAACUGGUUGAGAGCUGUGUCCCGUCGCACACGGGCAGAGAUGGGCGGCCUCACGGCGCAGGCUGCCAGCUGGACCGGCACAGUGACCGCGCGGGUGACCCAGCGAGCCAUGCCCACCGCACUGCUGCCGGAGAAGGAGCGGCCACCUCUGCCUCCCCUCCCCUGCCCAGCGCAGCCAGUCUGCCUGCCCCAGUCCCCUGCCUCCCCGGAGAAGGUGGUCACACCUUCCCCGCCCACGGCCUCCGCCCUCGAUUACCCCAGUGAAAACCUGGCUUUCAUCGAUGAGUCCUCGGACACACAGAGUGAGCGUGGCUGCGCCCUGCCGCGUGCGCCCAGAGGUCGUCGCCGUCCCAACCCCCCCAGGAAGCCCGCGCGGCCCCGGGGUCCAGGGCGCCCCCGAGACAAAGGGGUGCCGGUGUAGGGGCAGAAUCCCUGGUCGUGCCACUCAAAGGACUUCGCUCCUUCGGUCUCCCUGGCAUGCUUGGCUUGUUUGACCAAAGAGCGCUCUUUCGACCUCAACUGAAGCCUAGGCAGGAGGCUUAGGGUCACCCACCCACCACCUGCGCCCCCGGUCCCUUCCUCACUCCCACCCAUUCUGUCGCGCUGCCCUAGCAGGGCCUGUCCCUCACAACACCUCACAACUGUGCCUCAAAACCUGCAUCAAUAAACGAAAACACUCUGCCUCGC